AUGACCUCAACUUUUAAUGUGGUAGAUUACAAAGCCAUUGGAGAUGGAAUAAAAGAUGAUUCAAAUGCUUUCAUUCAAGCAUGGGAAGCUGUAUGCAGAGCUAAUACAUCCACUACGCCCACCUUUAUCAUACCUUCCGGGAAGACAUUCUUAUUAAAGCCUGUGGAGUUCCAAGGUCCCUGCAAUGCCUCUAACAUUCAUGUUCUGGUUUUAGGUAACAUUGUUGCACCAAAUGAUAUAUCAGGAUACGUUAAGAACGAGGAAAUAGAUGAUAAAUGGCUUGGGUUUUCAAAUGUUACCGGACUUGUCGUCGAUGGAUCGGGAUUAAUUGAUGGCCAAGGUUCAAUUUGGUGGGCAUCAAAAGCAUGCAAAAAUGUUAAGGUGAGAAACUGCAAUCGACCCACGGCACUACGAUUUCACGAGUGUAAUGGGCUUAGGCUAAGUGGGCUUAGACAUGUGAACAGCCCAAAAAACCAUCUCUCCAUUUUCCAGUGCAACGACGUAAUCAUAUCGGGCCUCCAUAUUACUGCUCCAGAAGAAAGCCCAAACACUGAUGGCAUCAAUAUAGCCCAGUCAUCCCACAUUCAAAUAAAGGACUCUUUCAUUGGAACAGGUGAUGAUUGUAUAGCUAUUAAUGGUGGAUCCUCCUUUAUCAAAAUUACAAAUGUUUCAUGUGGGCCAGGCCAUGGCAUAAGUGUGGGAAGCUUAGGAGCAGAUGGAACUAAGGAAUCUGUGGAAGGAGUAUAUGUGAGAAAUUGCAGUUUCAAUGGAACUACAAAUGGGUUAAGGAUCAAGACAUGGCAGGGAGGAUCUGGUUAUGCUAGGAAUAUCUAUUUUCAGCAAAUCAAACUAAAAGCUGUAGCAAACCCAAUCAUCAUUAACCAAUUCUACUGUAACACAGGCCAUGGUUGCAAAAUUCAAGUAAGCAAACUCACAAUGCUUAUAUAUACAGCAUCGGCUGUUAAGGUGAGCAAUGUGACAUUCAGUGGAGUGCAGGGGACUUCAAUUACAGAUGAGGCUGUUCAGUUGAGUUGCAGUAAAACUGUGGGUUGCUCAGAUAUUGUACUCAACCAGAUCAAUAUUACAUCAGAAAUUGAAGGAAAGAAAACUAACUCAUCUUGCUCAAAUGCACAAGGAAAAUGCAUCAACUGUUAUCCACCUGUACCUUGCCUUUUGGAAUAAAACCAAGUUCAACCCCAACCCCAAAUUUGUUCAACAGAUCAGCUGCAUCUGUG